AAACAAAUUAGAAAAAUGGAAAAUCACUUGCCGUUUCUCUGAGUGAGUGUCUGUAACUGUAAGUAACUAGUGUGGGCAGCACUUAAAAUCAGUUUAAUGAGCUGCAGUAUUGGUACCCGGGUCAGUCUUUUUUUUUUAGCAAGAACGCUCAUGGUUUUUUAAGGUAAAAAAGAUAAACUUUUCAAUGUUUCAGAGCAUUUCUCUAUGAGUUUCAGCAGCUAUGGCAGUAUGAAUUAGUUUUUGAGUCUGGGUUCUGGUGGGUUUUGAUUUUAAGCCGAAUUUGAUUGGAUUAAAGUGAGAUUUUACAAGAUGUUCUUAAGUUUGUUGAAUUGAAAUUGUUGUGGUUUUUGGGAUCUGAUUUUGUAAAGGGAUGACAUCUCUGAGCAAUUUAGGUAUUGGGUUAAGCUUAGUUUUCAGUUUACUCUUACUAGCACUGAUUGCAGAGUUAUACUAUUUACUCUGGUGGAAGAAGAAGAAACGAGCAAUCAUCAAUGAUAUUCAAGAUGAUUACAGCAGCAGUUCAUCAAGUGCAAGAGAGUUUUUAUAUUUGUUUUGUUGGAAAAAGCCAUCUUCUUUGAGUUCUACAGGUCUCUUUACUGAUCCUGAACAGGAAAAUAAUCAGCUUCAUUUACAUUCAAGCUCAAGCAAAUUAAGCUCAUUUGGUGAAGAUAGUAUUGAAGCUGAAUUGAUGAGAUUGCAUAACCUUUCAGGACCACCAAGAUUGCUCUUCACCAUUAAAGAAGAAACGAAAGAAGAUUUGGAGUCAGAAGAUGGAAGAUCUAGAAACAAUAACAACAAAGUAUCAAGAAGAAGUUUGGCUGAUCUUCUUCUUGUUGCAGUUGAAACACCAUUCUUGACACCAAUGGCUUCACCAAGAUUAACUCCUCCUCUUACUCCAAUUCAUUAUAACCAAAAUGCUGGGACUAAUCCUUUGUUUGAAUCAUCUGUUGAUCCCGAGAUGUGUAAGAUAAUAAGACCAUCGCCUUCGCCAACAUUUAAGUUCUUGAAAGAUGCUGAGGAUAAAUUUUCUAGGAAAAGAUUGAUUGAAGAAGCUUUGAAAAGGGUCCAAAAGAAUGCAGCAGUUUCUCCAAAUGAGGAAGAUGGUUGUUUCACUGUAACAGUGGAUAAACACAAGGAGGAAAGUGAAUUUGAUCAUUAUAACCAUCAAAAUGCACUACCACUGUCCUCAUCUCCAUCUCCAUCCACUGUCAAGAGUUGUGAACAUUGAAAAGAAACUGUAACUUGGUUUUGAUUUUUUGCAUUUUUCUUUUUUAAUCGAUGUUCCUGUGAAUUCGAUAGAAAAUUUUAGAAUUUUGGUUCUUUAUUUUUAAGUUUUGAACUAUACCAGUACUCC